UUAGCUGGCUCUGCAUCGCCCGAAGAAUGUCAGCAUUUGAUGGAAGAAAGUGAUAAACAAGUCAAGGAGCUACUGGAAGGAUUUGGAACAAGGUGUAUUCACUCAAAGGUUGAUAUCCUACUGCAUUACACUAAGCUCUCUCCAAAUUGGUUUCACACUACGACUGACUCGUCCCCAGACCUCUCUUUUGUCUGUCUUAAAUAUAACGAGAUAGCGUGAACCGGUCUCCUGCGACUGGUUCUUGACCUCUUAUGAAACUGUAAGAGGCGAGCGGAGACGAGUCAGGUGCAUAAGGAAUAACCAAAGAGUUUAAUAAUCGAUUUUUCUCUUUUUGUAGCUGAAGUUCAAGAUGUACAAGGAAGAGAGCAAAAGGCCUGGAGAAGUGAUUUGUAAACUGGCAGAAGACGAAAGUGCUGACCUGAUUGUAAUAGGGUCACGUGGCAUUGGAACUUUGCGCCGUACUAUUCUUGGCAGUGUCAGUGAUUACUGUGUACAUCAUGCCCAUAUCCCGGUUUUGGUCGUUCUACCUUCUCAUCUUCAUUGAGACCAUGUAUGAUCAUUUAUGGUUUCUUUCGAUUGAGAACUUCCCUGAUCCUAAAUGGGACCUUCACAUGAAGUGGACUCGUCGUUUUAUUUCUGAUCUUGACUCAUUCAGUUACAAGCAGAACGCAGAUUUGAGCUUCAGUUUACUGUGAGGGCUUUUAUAGCAUAUACUAGUUACUUCCAGCAGUAUGUGGACAUGUGUGCAAGGUUAAAAAAUGGCGGAAAGUCUAAAUAUGCCGAUCUUUGUAUCUUUUGCUCAUUUAAUAUUCAUGGAGCACUGUUCUAAGAACAGAUGAAAACACAAUCUGGUUGUUGGUUCUCAAAACAAAUUGAAUCAUUAGUUUUACGAAGCUGAUGAAUACCUUUUUGUCUCGCGUAAAGGUUUGCACAGGUUUUGGCUUAUCAGCAUAAGAUCGAGAAACCGUUUUGCUGAAUUAGUGUGCCAAGAAUCAAGAUUUCUAAUUAGCUGUAUUAAAAUGAAGAUGUAUUAGUACUGUUCAACCGCACUGCAGAGAAAAGUGACAAGAAGAUACGUAAAAAGGUUAAAGGCUUUAUUAUCACACCCAUUUAGGGCCUUUAUGUCAACCAAUUAUAAGAAAAGUCACUGAGGGGAGUUAUGAGACCCCAAAGCCAGUGGCUCAGGGUUAACACCGCGUUGCAAGCAGGCGUUUGUAGAUGGAGUUAAUUUUUCAAUUGGUUAUCAUUAAUUAAAUCAAUUAAAUAUUACUUGCUGUAAACGUGAUUUUUAUAUUAGUCAUGAGUAAAUAAAGAACAAAUUAGCCAACUUUAAUACCUGUUGUGGCAAUGCACAGACUAACCAAGCUGCAGUAUCCUUCUGAGGUCCCCAGGGCUCUUUUUGGGGCCACUGCCGGUGCUUAUAAUAUUUUGUGAAUGAAUUGCCGAUUGUUCCCCAGUUUGAUGAUACUGUUUUUAAUUUCUCCUAGAAACUUAUUUCUGAAAUUGAAUCUAAGCUGAACGUUUGCAACUGGAUGAAACCUGAUCAAUUUACUCUUGACAUCUAUGUGAAUAGCGGCAAUGCGAUGCUCGGUAGAACUGACUCUAUUGCUAUUUUCACUGACUGUUAACAUUUUGACAAAGUCCAGUCAUCUCAUUUCAUAAUUAUAGUAAUUGAUCUAAUAAUAAUAAUAUUCGUAUAUCUUUUGCUCUGAAAAAACGAGGACAUUAGACUACUCUAAACUGAGCUACAGAUGUAUCCAUAUUGCUUAAAUUGAUGCCGUGGCGUGGCUUGUACAACAAGGACAAAUUUUAAGCCGUAGUUUCAAUUCCCUACUUAGCGCAAAUUUUAGGAUGCCCAUUGUUCUUAAUUUUAUUCCUACUUCUUGACUUAUUCCAAUUCAGUGAUAAGUACCUAAGUUCUUUUUAUAUGUUUGUUAUCCAUAGAAAUUUCACUCAAUUCAUUUAGUUUUAGUUGUGGACGGCCAUCUGUAAAACACUUCGUGAUAUCGGCCUGCUUAUUUAAAAGUAAUGCAUAGUUUUCACAUUUUUGACCGAUUACUUUUACAUAGCAGUCAGGCCACAGCCUGCAGAAGAAGUUUAAACUACCCACUUGAAAAAAGUGAAAAGGUAAAAUUGUUCCAACCUCAAAAUAUUUAGGGUGUAAUAAACCAUGGGAGUAAAAUAGUUUUCAUCUCCUUUGACAAGUUGCGCCUCGUUGUCGCGGCUAAGCCGCAACUGAGGGCACCGAGCAGCAGUUUUUCAAUGGACGUUUUCGUGGAAAAAAGUCGUCUUGGGGCUAUUUCAUGUUUCCGUUGUUUUCUUCUCAGAAAUCAUAGCUUUUUGAAACAUUGAUGGCGAAAAACAGCUUUAAAAGAGCUGCAAGAAACCAAUAACUCAGAGAAACUUUGAUCCAAAAGCAAAUUGUUUCUCUAUAGAAACUGUGGAAGCAAUUUAUCACUGUCGAUAAUCUUACCGUCUCUUGAAACCAUUUGGCGCAAGGCGUUGGAUUAAAAGUCUUAAAUAAAAGGAAAAAACUAAGAGACGUUUGCAAAGUUUACAACGUUUUGAGCAGGUGAAUGACUAUAGAACCAUUGUAGAAUAACCAGGCAAGUGGUGCAUAGGCGGGGGGAGGGGGAGGGGGGCAAAAGACUCUCUACCCUUCCCUCUCCAAGGUCCCUGUAAAAGCCAAGAUUCUUUGAUGAUGAGAAACAGUACCGGCCUCUUUCUCAUAAACUCGAGCCACGUAGCUGGGAAGCUAAUGUACAUAGAGUGCCCCUACCACCUACCAACAAGAAUGAAAAUAUUAUAAUCAUUUUUUCACAUUUUUCUACCUUUCCACUUCCAAAUUUACGGAAGCUUUUUCUAUUAAAAUCAAAUUUUAGCCGAGUAGUCCAUGAAUAAUUUCUAAAAGAGCAGUUUUGUGUCGCUUCGGCUAAGGGCAUCUGUUUCUGUGACUUUGCUAUGAAGGUGUUGGCAAAAGACACAGACAUUGAACACAUUACUGUGCUAUGGGUCUUUAGAUACAGUCGAACCUAUCCACAACGCCGGCCACCUUGAAAACAGAAGAAAGUGGCCGUUAUGAGGAGGUAGGGGUGUAAAUAUGACAAUUUUUUUUUUAGGGAGUAUAACAUGUUUAUUGUGAAAAGUUCAUACAUAUUAAAUGUUAAAAUGUUAACGUGACAUUUAAUAUACGCGCCAUACUGAUCAAAUUUCAUGACCAUUCUCGACUUUUUCAUCAGUCGUUGAAAAAUCUUGCCGUUUUCGAGAGGUUUUUUUGGCAGUGACGCGCUUUAGUAGCCGCUGUGGACUGUCCGCCGGGACAACAAAGAAGCUGAAAGAACUGAGCGGCCCUUUUGGAGAGGUAGCCGUUAUUGGAGUUUCGACUGUAGUUCAGUUAUUCCAAAGAAAAGAGUUGCCUUACCGCUCUUUUCAAUAGUGAUGUAGGGAUGGAAGUCGUUUUUGGUGGUUCAGAGAUGCGCGCAAUUCGCACGCGCUUUGGCAGCGACGAUUGCGUGCACGUCCCAACAAAAUCGCUAGGGAGGUUGGCUAUCCAGCACGCACGAAACGCACCCAGAAACGCACCAAUACAUGGAAUAUCGCACGUUCUUACAUAUUCCCCGCUGUGCCCGCCCUAUAGCAGGCUCCGACAGGUACCAGUUCACAGCUCUGCCACGUGAAACAAGAGUGCAAUGGCGGAGAAGACAACAAACGGUAGGAAAGUCCUCAUUGCAGUAGAUGGCAGCGAGCACAGUGAUCGAGCAUUCGAAUGUGAGUAGGGUGAAAAUAUUUUCUAUUGAUCUAAAAAACUUUAGGUCUGGCAACGGGCCACACGUCACAAAUUGUUCGUGACUGUAGUAAUGCUUGCUUUGUAGAGAGCAUAAAUAUGUUUUCAGCAUAAAACACUAUUUAGCUCGGCCUUAUGAUGCGAAGAUGUUGCGAGCCGCCUAAAUUAGAUCGCUUGGAAUGUGAAAUUGGACAAAAAGUUCCAUGAUCGAUCAGAAUUGUAUUUAGUUGGUGUUGCAAAAUUUGGUCUGAGUAUUUUUAUAGUAGACUUCACGCCAUCUCGUGAUUACAUUUUAAAAGCUAUAAGCUUAUAAAUUAACAUUUUAUGAAUUUCAGUCAAAACCUCUCGAUGUCGUUUGAAAUUUGACUCUGUAAAAAUGCAAAUAUCCUACAUUUUCAUCUCAGUAGUAAAGUUAGGCCCGGUUCAGAUCCCGUUCUUCACAUGAGCCGAUAUUAAACCGGGUCCAAGGCUUAUUUAGCCUAAGAAGUAUUUAAAUCUUUUUUCUUGGGGAGGGGGUUAGGGGUUAUUCCAUCGGAAAGGGCCUGAGAUACAAAACUUGGGUGUUUCUUAGUUUAUAAACUACAACAGACAAAUUCUGCGACUGCAUUAUGGCCUUCAAUAUUACAGCUUUGAUUAUACUGAGAAAAAUAGUUUUCUGUUCUUACAUUGACAUAAUAUAUUUCAUUCAGACUACACAAAAACUAAGAACUGUAUAAUAUUUGUUGUUAAUUUAUAACGUUCAUUGAAAUUUUAGUUGCCCAACUGGGAGAUUUUUAGUUUCCCCUAGCAAGUGGGCAACCAUCAACCUCUGGGACUAAUAUGGAGGGUUUGCAUGCACUUUGAAAGUCCUUGAAUUUUAAAUAGGAAUUCAAGGCCUUGAAAGUCCUUGAAAAUAACAGUCAGUGGUGGAAUGUCCUUGAAUUUCAGCGCUAACUUUAUCCGAUCCAAAGGAAAGGGAGCAAACACAGAAAGACCUUCAGGAUAAAAUUGGUCAUGUUGCAGAAGAACUAAAAAAGACAUAGAUUCAAGGCUCUCUUUUUCACUGAACAGAGUCCUUGAAAAAAGGGAAAUAUGUCCUUGAAAGUCCUUGAAAAGUCCUCAGAUUUUUUUGCCAAAAAUUUAGGAACCCUGAACAUCCCAUUAAGGGGAUGUGAAUAACAACCCUACCAUGUUGGACAAAAACAUUAAGAUAAUAGGACAUUUCCAUGUGUAGUUCAAAGAGAAAGCUCUUGAAAGCACUGGGAACUACAAAUACUCCUCCUGAAUAACAAUGUUGAAGUCCACUGGAUUCUACGCAUGACUGAAUGACCAGGCUAGGGUGGGAGGAGGGGUUAUUGCAGUACCAAAUCCUUGGGAUGGGUGUCCAGGGGUUAAGAAAGUCCAAAAUUCUAAAAAUCUUGUCUAAGAACAUGGGUGCUUCAUGUUGCAGAAAUAGGGGUAAACUCUGGUCUUGUGGACCUGAUCAGGCAUGUGGGCCCCUUGCUGCUUGGGCUAAUGUUCAGAUUGAAAAUAAAUAAUAAGCUAUUAUUUUAUCCUUAGUAUAAACUAAAACAGUGGAUAGUGCUUUUCAUGUGCUCUGAUUGGCUACUCAAACUCGGGAUAUCCAGUGCUAUGACCUCCAAACAAUGCCAAACUUGUGUAAGUUAUUAGCAAAAUGGCUACCUGGUUUGCUACCGUAACAAACAAAGAAAUUUUACAACUAAUCAAAGAAGCUGUUCCAGAAAAACAGGAAGAAGGCAAUGAAAUUUGGUUGGCAAUUUUUACAGGUAAAGCUUUGUCUGUUUAACCUGGAUUCAUUGAUGAAACCGAUGAAAAAGUUCUUUGUUUACAAAAGAUGCAUAUUAAGUGUUGAGUUACUUUAUUUAGCUUUAUGUUCAUAAAUAACUUCAAAACCAAAUUAAAUGUUUUUUUUACAGAAUGGUCUCAAAUAAAGAGAGAAUUGACAAUUCUUUUUGAAGAAAUGACUCUGCAACAGCUAAACAAAUGCCUUCAAAUGUUUUAUUUAAUGGCAAGAAAAUGUGACAGCUGUUUGGUUAAUUGCGUGCCAAAUUUGUCAUCGUUGGCAGCAAAAAAUGAGUUAAAAAUCAUCAUUUUUUGCUGAAUUAUCUCUCUGUUUUAGUAUGUACUAAAACAAUAUUAUUCACCUCAGUGUCGGUGGCUAGUGGUGGAAAUUUACCUGACCAUUUUGCAGCGCAGUAACUAUGCAUCACUGGCCACUGUCACUGAGGUGAAUAGGUGUUAAACAUUUAAUGUUUAUAUGUGAAUAAAGAGCUCAAAGAAUAACAUUUUAUUAAGAAAUGAGUGAGGGAGUUAGACAUGACUUACGUAGUUCUUGCAGAUAUCUUAGAUUAACUGAGAAUUUUCGUCAACAGUUUGAUUUUUUUUCUUAGAGAAUUUAGUGUGUAGGGUUUGUGUUUCCUAUACUCACCGAUCUUUCACUUUGAACUGAAUUAUCCAUGAAACUGUGCACAAAAUUCCUCUGGAACAAAGAUUAAAUGUUUUAAAUCUUGACUUAAAACGCAUCUUUUUAGACUAGCUUUUGAUGUGUAAUUUUUUUUGACCUACUAUAUAAUAUAUUUAGUGUUUUUUAUCUUUAUUUAAUUUUUAGCGUUGUUUAUUCUUAAUUAGCCUUAAUUAUUUUACUCAUUUUAGCUUUUAUUUUCUUUUAACAUUUACCUGUUGUCACGCGCUUUUGAUCAUAUUUGCAUGGAAAAGGCGCGUUAUAAAUUUUUAAUUAUUAUUAUUUAAUUAUUAUUAUGGUUAAAAAAAUGUGCACUUAAUUUUAAAAUAAUUCACUUAAAACUGGAGCCUGGUCUUUAUUGUUCACAUUGUAUUUUUCUGGUGAAUAACAAAAUUAAUUUGGUCUAAAUUUGAAAUGGUUCAAAAACAUUGCUGGACUUUUGCAUAUAGACUUGUUUUGACCGGGAGAAUAAAAUUCACCGAUUUUUUCCAUUGGUUUGCCUUUCUUUUCUGAGAAAGAAUGUAUUUGUAAAUAAAAAAUCCCUAAAUAUUUGUCAGAUGUGCCCUUGUUCCACCGAUGCCUUCAACUAUUAAUAAUGUUUUCUUAUCAUUUGCAGUCUAUUUGAAGAACAUAUAUUGUAAGGAGGAUUCAUUACUGGUUCUUCAUGCUUUUGAAAUUCCUCCUCUUCCAUACUCCUCAGGACCUUGUAAGUUACAUGUAAUUAAUGGUAAAUACUUGAACAUUUCCCAGCUAAGAUUGCCAAAUUGUUAUUUUGAUUUUGGCUUAGAGAGUUGGGCCUAACUGAGGUCUAUGAGUCAAUGGCUCCAGCCAUGGUCACAGAGAGCAUCAUGCGAUUUUUCUGUGGCUAUUUUCUUAAUUUUCCUGAAGAAGGCCAGUAAAUAUAGCUGGAAGAUUGAUUUCAAAUCAUUUUUAAUCUCAGGAUAAUGCUGAAAUUGAAUGAAACAAUGUGUAAAAUGUACUAUUUUCUUGUUAUCAUAGUUGUCUUUGCUUACUAUGAAGAGUGGAGCCAGAUGGUGGGUGAGUUAAGAGAACAAGCGAAAGAGAUGAUGAGGGCAUAUGAGGAAAGAUGUAAAACACUUAAGGUAGUAAACCAUAAUUUGAUUUAAAUAUGAUCAAUCAUUAGUAUUUCAUAUUUCAUCAGUUGAGGGUUUUCAAGUUCUCAAUAAUAUUAUUUUUUGAGUGCACAGAGCAACCUGAGGAAUGAGCUAGCUUAAAUUAACCAGCUGCCCUGCUAAAUGGAAUUUGGGUGUCUGAGGUAUCCAGGCCAACCAGCCCCUAGAUAGAUUCCGUCCCAGUGGCUGGCAAAUCCCCGCAACUCAGCUAUGGGCCCCCAUUGCAGGCACCUGUUAUUUAUUUUAUUUUUAUUUUGUUAGCUUUGCCCUGAAGAAUACAAAAACACAAAAAAAAUUAAUUAGUGCAAGGAGACAUAAAGGGUACCAAGGGAGAGUGGGGAAAUGCUAAACACAACUGCUUCAAACUGCUCUGCACAAACACAACUGCUAUAAAAACCGCUCAAGAAAAAGACUCAAUAAUCCUAGCUGUGUAAAGCAACAUUGUUCCAUGUGAGCCUUCACUUGGGAGUUUGACUGCUGAUCCGCAGAGACUGCUAAGCUUGUGGCAGUGAACUUUUUCUUAAAUUUUUCAUUUAACUAAAUAAACUGCCAGGUUCAUUUGAUAGGGAGUAUAAAUUUGUCCUUUUGUAAGACCAAUUUGGAGGGAAAAUGUUGUGGCAAAUUGAUUUUGGAUGGGUCUUUGUAACACAGCUCUCAUCUGAUCUACUUUGUCAUUUCUUUUCUAACAUGUAGUUACAUUAUCAAAUUAUUCUUGUGGUUGGUAAACCUGCUGGCAAUGUAAUAUGUACAGAAGCUUCUAAUGGAAAAGUUGACCUCAUCGUCACUGGAAACCGUGGACAAAGCGCAGCUCGACGUACAAUACUUGGUAGUGUUAGUGAUUAUGUGGUCCACCACUCGCAGUGUCCUGUCUGCGUAGUACCCCCAGCAGCAAAGCCAUGA